AGGUUUUAUUGUGAUUACUGCGACACCUACCUUACUCAUGACUCGGUAAGUCUGCACAACAUUGCUAGUAGAAGUGUUUCCUGAUUGCAUGUGGUUGAUUCUGUCUUGAAGUUGAAUGUGGUAUGAUUUUUAUUUUUUUUUUUCUAUAGCCCUAUUGUAUGUAAGGAAUGUAGGUCAACAUUGAUGAAUGUUCUGUGUUUGGUAGCCCUCUGUGAGGAAAACGCACUGCAGUGGCCGCAAACACAAAGAAAAUGUAAAAGACUAUUACCAGAAAUGGAUGGAAGAACAAGCACAGAGCCUCAUUGACAAAACAAGUGAGUAACACACAAAAAAGGACUUAGACCUGUCCUUAUUACCUUGACGUGUUAAGCCAAUACCGUCCUAGGUAAACGGGGCCUGAAGGCUAAUAUGUUAGGAGCUCUAACUUUGUCAUUGUGUUUCUCUUAGCCGCUGCCUUCCAACAAGGGAAGAUGCCCCCAACACCAUUCCCAGGAGCCCCACCUCCAGGGGGUGCCAUGAUCCCUCCACCAAACCUCAGUAAGUGCACUAGCGCCAUGUAUACUGAACAAAAAUAUAAACGCAACAUGUAAAGUGUUGGUCACAUGUUUCAUGAGCUGAAAUAAAAGAUCCCAGAAAUUUUCCACAUGCACAAAAAGCUUCUCAAAUUUUGUGCACAUUUGUUUACAUUCCUGUUAGUGAGCAUUUUUCCUUUGCCAAGAUAAGACAUCCACCUGACAGGUGUGGCAUAUCAGGAAGCUGAUUAAACAGCAUUAUCAUUACACAGGUGCACCUUGUGCUGGGGACAAAAGGCCACUCUAAAAUGUGCAGUUUUGUCAUACAACACAAUGCCACAAUGUCUCAAGUUUUGAGGGAGCGUGCAAUUAGCAUGCUGACUCAAGAAUGUCCACCAGAGCUGUUGCCAGAGACUUGAAUAUUCAUUUCUCUACCAUAAGCUGCCUCCAACGUCGUUUUAGAGAAUUUGGCAGUACGUCCAAUCGGCCUCGCAACCGCAGACCACGUGUAACCACGGCAGCCCAGGACCUCCACAUUGUCUGAGGUGGGGGUGCUGCGCAGUAUUUCGCUUCUGUAAUGAAGCCCUUUCGUGGGGGAUACUCAUUUUGAUUGACUGGGCCAGCCCACCCAUGGCUGCGCCCUUGCCCUGUCGUGAAAUCCAUAGAUUAGGGCCUAAUGAGUUUAUUUCAAUUCACUGAUUUCCUUAUCAACUGUAACUCAGUAAAAUCUUUGAAAUUGUUGCAUGUUGCGCUUAUUUUUGUUCAGUAUACAUUUGUUAGGAUGCAACGAUCACAUCCAAGAGCAACCAAAAUUCCUCUCUUGGAAAGCAAAUCUUACAACUAAUUUACAAAAAUUAGUUGUAAUAUAUUUAGCUACUAAUGGUCUGAGUUUCCUGGUGGUUAUUGUUGUUAAUGUGUCACCAAUAGAUGGCCCCCCACGUCCAGGGAUGCUACCAACACCCCAGAUGGGUGGUCCUCCAAUGAUGCCCAUGAUGGGCGGAAUGGGACCACCCCCACCUGGAAUGAUGGGUGGACCAGGUAGGAUAACCUCACUCUUUUUUUCUGUGAUAUACAUACUCUUCACUUGUUUGAGUCUGUAUGCUUCAGUUUGCCAAUAUUGUUGCGGAAACAUACCACUAUCUUAAACUAAAUACUAUAAUCUGAAAAAAUGAAAAUUAUUGAAACCACCACCUGUAAACGCUUUCGUUUCUACAUUCUCAGGUAUGCGACCUCCAAUGGGUGGCCGAAUGCAGAUGAUGCCUGGACAUCACAUGAUGCGACCUCCCGGUCACCCAAUGAUGAUGAGGCCAAUGAUGGCACGGCCAGACCGAUAAACUCUCCCGACUCCCUCAAACACACACUAUGGGUUUGUUCUACAUGAUUAGUAAAUCUUUUCUUCUCACUUCUCCCCUAAAAUCGGUUUGAUUAGGGUAAUCUAUGGUUGAAUAAGGUGGUCGCAAAUAUUGAAUGAAGACGCUGACAAGUGCCACAGUCGCUCACAUGUAGCUAUUUGAUCGUAUAAUUAUUGGUAACUUUGCGUCCUACUACUAUUACUAAGUAGAUUUGAAGGUGAGGAGCUUUACUGAUCCUGUGGAACUAACCUUUUGGCAAAUCCCUCCCCACUCUACAACUGUUUCUUGGACUUCUUUUUACAUAAUACUGUUUUGGUUAUCUUGCCUUUGCUGUACUCCUAUCCAUUUUCCCUGGAUGGAUUUCAUUUUUAUUAUGCUACAGAUUUUAUAAUGUUCCCUCUGCUUAUUCUCAUUUCCCUGCUCAUCAUUGUUAUUUUGGUGUCUUGGAACGUCCAAAGACAAAACGGGAAUUUAUGAAAAGGUUGUUGAAUGUGUUUUAUCAUUCACCUAGAGGUGUAUUAUAAGGUCUCCCAUUUUAUUUUGUUUUUAUUUUCAGUUGGCAGUACCAGUCAAUGACACAUUUUGUCAGCAGUUGCUUUUUUACAAUUUUAUGAGCUGUUACUAUUGGCUUUGAAUUUAUUGUAUUGCGGUCUAUUAAACGAAAAAGCAAAGUUC